ACAGCCUUCUUUUAACACAUAAUUCUAUUUUUAUUUUUUUUCCUUCUUCACAAUUUAAAAAAUUUCUCUCAAAAAUCAAUGGCUUCAUCAUCACAAACUGAGCAGAAAAAAAUGUUGAUCUUGAAAUCGUCAGAUAACGACGAAUUUGAGAUUGAAGAAUCGGUUGCGGUUCAAUCUGGAACAAUAAAAAACAUGGUUGAGGACGAUUACAGCCUUAUCCCACUACCUAACGUGGAUACCCAAACCCUAAUCAUAAUUAUCGAGUACAUGAAGAAGCAUGUGGAGAAAACGGAUUCAAACGAAGAAGAAAUAAAAAAUUAUGACCAGAAUUUCGUGAAGGAUAAGAGCUAUCAAGAUAUGUUUAACCUUGUAGUGGCUGCGAAUUAUCUUCACAUUAGCGAUUUGAUGGAUUUAUUGUGUCUAUCGAUUGCUGAUAGAAUUAAACACAAGUCCUGUAAUGCUGUUCGUAAGAUAUUUAAUAUUACUAAUGAUUAUACGCCAGAGGAAGAAGAAAAGCUUCGUCAAGAACAUGAGUGGGCUCAUGUAGGAGAUGAAAUUGACGAAUCUCUUGAUUAGAUUUAUUUUUUGAUUUUUAGGGUUGAUUUAAUUUAUUUUUAUUUUUUGGUCUUUAGUUAGGGUUUUGAGUUUUAGUUAUUCUUGAUUCUUAUUAAUUGUUUUUCAAGUUCAAAUUUAGAGUUUGAUUCAUAUUAAAAUUCAAAUUUAUAUAACUUGUUUCUGCAUUUGAAAA